GUGAGCAGACGACGAUUGGCGUGAUGACGUCGACUCCAAUAACUUGCAAGAAGAAGAAGAAAGUAUAGAAAAGGGAUGAAAAAUGGCUGAUAGAAAGCCAAAUGUGUCGGGGGAUCUCCAUCGAGAUUCUCAUCCUUCCCUUAAGGAGAGUAAACAAGACGAACCUCCAAACUCAAGACUUUUUAUCGUGUGCGGUAAAUCAGUGACAGAAGAUGAUUUUCGUGAAGCGUUUCAUAAAUACGGAACCAUAGAAGAAAUCUGGAUGGUCAAAGAUCGAACUACAGGCGAGCCCAAAGGUGUGGCCUAUGUAAAAUUUUCCAAAACCUCUGAAGCUGCAACAGCAAUGGAAGAGAUGAAUGGUAGAUGUAUAGGCUGCCAUCCCCGACCAUUAAAAGUUUUGAUUGCUCACAGUCGUGAACAAGGAUCAAGAAGAGAUUCAAAUGAAGAAGAAAGAUUGCUGCGACUUUUUGUUGUUGUUCCCAAAUCCAUGAAUGAUUCAGAAUUAAGAGAUCAUUUUGCUCAGUUUGGUGACAUAGACUAUGUUUCAAUUGUUAAGGAUAAAAACACCAAAGAAAGCAAAGGCUUCGCCUAUGUAAAGUAUCAUCGUGUGUCACACACUGCCAAAGCCUUUGAGUGCUGCGAACGAUCGUUCAAACCUGUCUUCGCCGACCCCAGACCGCCUAAGCCAAUACAUGCAGAUAGUUCUCAAUCCAAUAUUGGCAGUGCUUCUUCGACAACCAGCAACUACGAUGUGUUCCCCUACGAGAAUCAUACCGCUACAAGUACCGAAGGGUUUUCUCGCCUCGCAGUGGUUGCCUCUUCUUCUGUUAACCAAGAUCAGUUGUGGAAAUUGUUUGAUAUUAUUCCCGGUUUGGAUUAUUGCGAAAAGAGAGAAACCAAGAAUCGCCAGCAAGGAAGAUGUCAAUAUACUGCCGUUUACAACAAUGCUCAAGCAGCGUCCUACGCGAAAGAAAAACUUCAUGGCUUUGAAUACCCACCAGGACAGAGGCUGAUCGUUAAAUUUGAUUACAUAAAUGCAGAGCCAAGUCGAAGUACGUCAUCAGCAACACUUCCCACGACAAAUGUCCAAACUUCAGUGCAAUAUGCAGGCGUUAAUUGCUUGACCCCGGUUGGAUCCGGUACACGAUUACCAUUUCUAUCUGGACUGCAAGGUCAAGGAGGGAUGGAAAAUAACGUUCAACCCGUACCUACAACGAAUCCAUCGCCAGUUGGCGCGCCUUAUCAUGGGUUGAUAACACCAAACAACGCUGCCCGAACAGCAGCGCUUCAUAAUAAUUUAGCAACGUUAGCCGAGACGAUUGCACAAGCGACUUCUUUGAUUCAAGCUGCCUCCGGUUUGGGGCAAGGUUUCCUCCAGUCCCCCUCGAAACACGCCGUAAACGGCACAGAUGAAAGACAUGAAUUGAUGGGCCAUUUGGAAAUGUUAGGGGCCCUGUCUACUCAAGGGAUCCCGCUAUCACCUAGCCAGGCACCAACCAAUAAUAAUUAUUCGGGUGAAACUUAUGACCCUUCGUACUGCUCCGUCAAACUUCCUACCCCUCAGCCUCUGGCCCCAAUGGAUUCUCCCGUUGGGGAAAGGUUAUUUAUAGUGUGUCAGCCAACACCACCUCCAAUCUAUGUACUGAAGGAUAUUUUUGGUCGCUUCGGUCACCUGAUUGAUGUCUACAUGUUGGGUGGCAGAUCAUGCGGUUACGCCAAGUAUGCCGACAAGGACUCCGCCGACAGAGCGCUAAUGACAUUGCACGGGCAAGAGGUCUGUGGUUCCCGAUUAAAAGUGAUGACAGCAGAGCCUCCAAACGCGACCAACAACGAUACUCUACGUAAACGAAUCCGCAUCGAAGAGCAAUAGUACGGAUUCGUUUUCACGAUUGACAUUUGUUUUCCUCAUGCCAGCAAACUCCCCGACCGACCGUUGUGUUGACGGACCUUGGACAACCCGACUACGACUGCGGCUUAUACUGUAGCUAACACAAAACUGCACUCGUUAGAAUCAAUUUCCCUUUUUAUAAAAAGAAACCGAAACAUCGCGUAGUUAAAAGAAAGAAAAAAAAAAUCUACUGUUUUGAUCAGAUGGGACGAAUUUCUCUGCCAGCACCGGAAGCUAUUUAAAUUUUACAAUCCCGUCUCUUUUCCCACGCGAAAAUCAAGUUUACGGAAGCUGAUCUAAUAAUUAUGAUAAGGUCUCGGAAGUAAAUGACGAAGCAAUCGGGAAUGGUUGAUUUUCCCCCUAAGCAUGGAAACUUUCUAUGUUGUAGUUUGUUUGUGAGGUCCCUGCCUUUCCCAUCUCUCUUCAGUUAACACUUCCCCUAUUAGUUCAUACGCUUCUUGUAUUCGAGUGGGAAUUGGCAAGGGCAGAAGGGUAAAGAAGUAAAAUUUGAUCUAAAUUUUGUAGCGGCAGUUUGUUUGUCAAUAUGUCUUGUCUGUAUGUAUUUGCGUGUCCGUUUACGCCUAAACCCUUUUUUCCAUCUUUUUUUUUUUUUUUUUUUUGUUUUUUUUUACAAUAUUUCUCUUAUCAUUCUCGCUACCCCUCAGAGCCGGUUGAUUAAUUAGACGCAGCUAAAUUGUUCACGAUUUAAAACAAAAAAAAAAUCAGAAAAACUAAUAAGUAUUCGAUGUUACAUGCCGUCCGUUCAUCUUGUGGUUCUUGGAACGCAGGAAACGCAUUUCCUUUCUUGAAAAUGUACAAUAUUAUUAUUAAAUGAAAUUAGCGGUAUUGCUACCGCACUCCGUUGGUCUGAUUCAGAUACUCUCACAAGAAUUUUCCUCCCCUCUCCCAUAUUUUUUCCCCUUUUUUCUUUUUCUAUGGGAGUUUAUUAAGAAACGUUAUUUACGAAUCGUUGAUAUAAUAUCGUUCUCUUUCAUACUUUUUUUCUCGGGUGAUGAAUACACUACUUACAAUGUUA